AUAAAUCUUAUCCACUCUUCCGAGGUGGUUGUAACAUAAUAAUUGGUGUCUCUCUGAAUGGGGAAUGGUAUGGAGAAGCGUGGACAUGAGGAGGAGCAACCUAAACCGGUGGUUCUGAUAACGGGUUGCUCUCAGGGAGGGAUAGGAAACGCGCUUGCACGCGCCUUCGCUGCCAAGAAGUGCACGGUGGUGGCCACCAGCAGGUCGGUGUCCAGCAUGGCGGACCUGGAGCACGACCAUAGGUUCUUCUUGCAAGAGCUCGAUGUUCAAUCCGAUGAAAGCGUGCGGCGCGUGGUGAAGAAUGUUGUAGAGAAAUACGAUCAGAUUGAUGUGCUUGUGAAUAAUGCUGGAGUUCAGUGUGUGGGCCCACUUGCCGAAGUCCCACUCACUGCCAUACAAAACACUUUUGACACCAAUGUGUUUGGUUCCUUGAGAAUGGUUCAGGCUGUUGUUCCUCAUAUGGCAACUAGGAAACAGGGAAAAAUUGUGAACAUUGGUAGUGUAGCUGCCUUGGCCUCUGGACCUUGGUCAGGCACUUACACUGCUUCUAAAGCUGCUAUUCAUGCUUUGACAGAUACAUUAAGAUUGGAACUUGGCCUUCUUGGAAUUGAUGUUGUCAAUGUUGUCCCUGGAGCUAUCAAGUCAAAUAUUGGAGAUUCUGCUAUAGCCAGCUACAACCGCAUGGCUCAGUGGAACUUAUUCAAGCCUUAUGAAGCAGCAAUCCGAGAAAGAGCUGUGUUAUCUCAAACGUCCAAGUCUACACCUACGGACGAGUUUGCUAAAAACACUGUAGCUGCCAUCCUUAAGAAGAAACCACCUGCAUGGUUCUCUUAUGGGCAUUACUCUACCUUCAUGGCUAUCAUGUACCAUCUACCACUCUCUGUAAGAGACCUUGUUUUGAAGAAAGUAAUGAAAUGCUGAGCUACAGCUGGCUAUAUCCAUCUAUUAGCUUGUAUGAUGAUGGACACUAUAUAAAGCAUUCCAUUUUAGCAGGA